UUUGUGUUCCAAGAAAUAAAGGACAAAAAAGAAUGGAGAUGAUGAGAAGUGCAGAAAAUAAGCAUUUUGUUCUGGUUCAUGGUUUUGGCCAAGGAGCAUGGUGCUGGUACAAGCUCAUUCCUCUUCUCAGAUUAUCCGGCAACCGAGUUACGGCGUUGGACCUCGCCGGAUGCGGCAACCACCGGAAACAGAUCGACGAGGUCGCCACCGUGUUCCAGUACGUGGAGCCGCUGUUCAACUUCAUGUCUGCGCUUCCCAGAGAUGAAAAGGUUGUUUUGGUCGGGCACAGCUACGGCGGGAUUCCCGUUUCUCUCGCCAUGCAGAAAUUCCCCGAGAGAAUCUCCGUUGCCGUCUUUGUAUCCGCCUACAUGCCCGGCUGUAAAUCCCCGCCGGCGACUCUUAUCCAAGAGUAUUUUAGAAGAAACACAGCGGAUUCACUCAUGGACUGUGAGGUGAUGUUUGAGCGAGGAUUGGAAAAUCCACCAACUUCUGCUAUUUUUGGGCCAAAUUUCAUGAAAGCCAUACUCUACAAAGACUGCAAAGAGGAGGAUUUGGAGCUAGCAAAGAUGCUAAUGAGGCCGAAUGGAUUCUACGUGGAGGAUUUGGCUAAGGAAUCUUUGCUGACUGAGGGUAAAUAUGGGAGAGUGAAAAGGGCAUAUGUUGUGUGCGAAGACGAUGAAGUUAUGAGAGAAGAGUUUCAGAAGUACAAUAUCGAAAAUAGCCCUCCAGAUGAAGUGAAAUCCAUAGCUGGAGCUCCCCAUAUGGUCAUGUUGUCUAAGCCUCAAGAACUUUGCAUUUCCUUGCUGGAGCUUGCUGAUAAAUAUUCAUCGUCAGACAAAUUUUAAUAUAUACUCAAAAUAAAAUAAUAUUUAGUCGUAGAAGUG